GCUGAUUACUUGGCUUUCCAGGCAAAGCUUUGUAUUCACUUGCAGGCAUCAGGGACUCAGUUGGAAACGGCGCAAAUCCGACCCGUUCGCUCCCAUUUGAUGGCGUUUUAGCUCAGACGGCCUUGCCGGGUUACAUAACGCCACCAUUUAUCUAGUCAGUGUUUUAUUUUACUUUGUUCCUUCGACUAAGCUAUUUUUAUUUUUGUUGACAUGCCUAACCCCACUCGGCCGAUUUCCGUGCUCCCUUUGAUCAAUCGACGUAUCCGGUGAUGCCGUCUCUGUCACGCGUCGCGCUGCGCCACCAUUGACCGCAGUGCGAGCGAGCGAGACGGCAGAUCGCCCACUGUGACAACCGGGCAGUUCGCAAUACGUCCACUCGUAAUUGUAGUAGUUUUGAAAACAGUGUCUGUGGCGAUUGUGCGUCAGGAAAAAUCGGCGUAAAAUACGAUGGAUGCCCCAUUAAGAGAACAGGUGAUGAUCAACCAGUUUGUGCUGGCGGCCGGUUGUGCUCGCGAACAGGCCAAACAGAUCCUGCAAUCGGCCCAUUGGCAGUUUGAGACCGCUCUUAGCAUAUUUUUCCAAGACGCCGCUCUGCCCAGUUGCCCACAUGGAGUCAAUUCACAUUUUGGACAGGUGAUGACGCCCUGUAACACACCGGCCACGCCCCCAAACUUCCCCGACACGCUGCUGGCCUUCUCAAAGCUGUCAGCCGGAUCGCCAUCGCAAGGCCCGCCCAUGAUGAUGCAGAAUGGGGCGCCGCCCCAACCACAGGCUGCCACGCAGUCGCAACGAUAAUAAUCCGCCUGCUUCGACUAGUCGCAGGUUAAGCAAUGAGUUACGUUUAGAGUUCUUAUGGUAGUGUUCUUUUCCUCCCGAGACAUUGACGGUGUAUAUUUCACAUGGAGCCAGAGCCGACGUGGAACUGUUCACAAGCGGACGCUCCUCUUAGUUUGCUAGUUUGUUUGUUAAAGUGAUAUGGUUAGACGGUGGUUGUGAAGGGCGCACGAGAUGGAAAUUGGAGUGAGAGGCUUUGGGUCCGUUCGGGUUCAACCUACAUGUUCAACUGCUUUGAAACCCAUUUAGAAGUUACGUGUUUAUUUUGAAUUAUAACAUGAAGAUAAUAAAUACCCUAAGGAAUUGCAA